AUGUACGCCAAAGGCAAGAGUAGCAACGUGCCGUCCGACAGCCAGGCCAGAGAGAAGUUAGCUCUGUACGUUUACGAGUACCUGCUGCAUGUAGGAGCCCAGAAGUCGGCACAGACCUUCCUCUCAGAGAUCCGAUGGGAGAAGAACAUCACAUUAGGAGAACCUCCGGGGUUCCUCCACUCGUGGUGGUGUGUUUUCUGGGACCUGUACUGUGCAGCUCCGGAGAGAAGAGACUCGUGUGAACACUCCAGCGAGGCCAAGGCCUUUCAUGACUAUAGCGCUGCAGCAGCUCCCAGCCCAGUCCUCGGCAACCUCCCCCCAGGAGAGGGCAUGCCAGUGGGACCAGUCCCUCCAGGAUUCUUCCAGCCUUUUAUGUCACCUCGGUACCCCGGAGGACCCAGACCACCCCUCAGAUUACCCAAUCAGGGACUUGGAGGAGUCCCAGGUCAGCCGAUGUUACCCAGUGGAAUGGACCCCUCAAGACAGCAAGGACAUCCCAGUAUGGGAGGGCCGAUGCAGCGGAUGACUCCACCCAGAGGCAUGGUACCGCUCGGGCCUCAGAGUUAUGGAAGUGGAAUGAGACCCCCACUGAACGCCCUGGUUGGUCCUGGGAUGCCUGGCAUGAACAUGGGACCUGGUGGGGGAAGACCUUGGCCUAAUCCUCCAAACUCCAAUUCGACCCCAUACUCUUCUGCAUCUCCAGGAAGUUAUGUGGGACCUCCAGGAGGCGGAGGGCCACCUGGGACCCCAAUAAUGCCAAGUCCAGCAGAUUCAACCAACUCCGGCGACAACAUGUACACUUUGAUAAACACAGUCCCUCCAGGUGGAAACCGACCAAAUUUCCCUAUGGGAGCAGGUGGCGAUGGCCCAUUAGGGGGAAUGGCUGGAAUGGAACCUCAUCACAUGAACGGAUCAUUAGGAUCAGGUGAUAUGGACAGUCUGCCUAAGAACUCGCCUGGUAACCUAAGUAUGAGUAACCAGCCGGGGACCCCCAGGGAGGAUGGAGAGAUGGGAGGAAACUUCCUCAACCCUUUUCAGAAUGAAAGUUAUUCUCCAAACAUGACGAUGAGUGUGUGAAGGUUUGGGCGGCGCCUCGAUCACUCGCUCAGUGCGCUGGUGCAGUGAAAAGCAGAGAGACUGGAUGUGACGUCAUCUUGGCCAGUGACUCGUCCUCCACCACCAUUGAACCAGUCUGGACAGUUGCCCACAGGGCUCCGUCCCUCUCCGCCCCCUCAACCCUACAUCUCUUCCCCCAUUCCUUCAUUGGUUUCUGCUCACCUCUCCUCCUCCCUUGUUUGGUCUCCCCCUGUUCUACGUGGUGAACAUUCAUCAGUUCUCCCUCUGCAACCAUGAGACUGUACAAAGGAACCAAACGGAUGAAACCCCCCCGGAGGAGAACUCUUUGUAUAUUUGCAAACGAUGUGACUGUGCACAAUCACUCCAGUCACAGACAGGUGAUUCUGCCUUUUGGAAUCAUGUCACGGAGUUCAUGCUCAAAAACAAAAUGGCCAGUAUCCUAUUUAUGCUAAAGUUUAAAUUUCCAAGGACUUAAAGAGAUAGAGCCCCUGUUUUGAUGACAGUAAAAAUGGAAUCUAAACUUGUUGUCACAUCUUUUGUCUUUACGUGAGAAAUCACUUGGUGGCGGAGAAUCGAGAGACAUCACAAUCAUAUUAACAUGCGAUUUUAAUCGACAUAGAUAUUUGUAGAGUCAACUUUUGGGGCUUUCUAAAAUUGUGUUUUAUGUUUUAUAAAAUGGGUUUCAUGAUUAUUUUUUAAUUUUCCGUCACAAACUUUGCAGCCACAAAUGUGAAAAAUGCAAAAUCCUUCCCUCUGUCUCACCUCUGUUAUAUUUCCAAGGUCUGAUGAGGAACAUGAGUGCAGGGCAAUGUUAGCGACUUUCAGACUUAAAACAUAAAUCACACAAAGGCCUCCUCACAACUUGAAAUAUCUUUCUGCAUUGAACAGCUACAGAGAAAACUGAGCUUUGUUCAAGGCUUAAAGUGAGAAUACGGGACUUUUGAGCUGUAGCCACUGAUGUCACAAGUUGUGGCGGAAUGGUAAAUUAUAAUAAUGAUGAUAAAACAUAUUGCAACAACAAAAGUGGAGUAACACUGUAAAGUCCAUGAAGUGGCUUGGUAAUGUCCGUCAUAGCAUUAUAGAAAUUUCUAGUUCAAGUUUGUAACCUUAGCUAACAUAUAGCAAACCAAAAAGCUAUUGGUCAAACUAGAAGCAAAUCCUCUGAGGGAUUACAAAGAAGUUACAAAUUCCUUUCUGCCAUUAGUUUCCUCUAUCGCUGUUUCCGUAACAUUACUUCUUAUUUUACGGGACUGGCUCCUCCCACCUUGAGGACCAGCGGAUCUCUUUUCAUCUGGACUCCACCCUUCAACCUGUACAGCUUAGGAGACCCUUCCGGGGGACUGAGCGCCUGCUGCCAUAGCUCCAGAUCGUGUUCAGAAAUAUACACACAUUCAAACUUGAUAAGCACCGGGAGGCAACAGAAGAAAUGUCCCUCAAACUUUUGAAAUACCUCCCAGGUAACAUUUCAGGCUUCUACAAUGGCCAAAACGUUUUCUGGGAGGUAAUUAGGGAAAUAUCUCUUAAGCAAAGACCCAGAAUCAUAAUUUUAGCCUUUUAGUUGUGGCAAAACAGCCCCCAUAAGAUUAAAUCAGAGCCAUUGCUGCCAUACUGCGGCUGACAUCAAAGGCGAUCUACUGGACAGAUUCCAAAAGUUCUGCAAAUACCAUUCAGCACCCUUCAAACCAGAUCAGCCCUAAUGCCAACUGUCACUGCAGCAAAGAGGAAGAAGGUUUGAACAACAGAUAAACGAUAACUUCUAAUACAUUUUUGGGUUUGUUUGUUUGUUUAAUGCAAGUGAUCUUUGAGCAUUGAGCAGACCACCCUUGUUGCAACUCAGACUUUUUUUUUCUGUUCACAGCACAACCACACAAACAAGUUUUUUUGUCUGAUGUAAAGAUGUUAUCUAAGGUGAACAGAUAGGGAAAUAUUAGUCAGGCUUUUGUUUGCUGAGGCCUCUCUUGACCUCCGGAUCCAAAUGAUUGAUCGGUUUACGUCACAGUUCAAUGGACAGAAAUUUUAAAACGACAGAAAUCGAAGAUAAACCGUAAAGAUUUAAAACCAUAAGACACAAGCUUCACUUCGGUCACCCAUACUUUAGUGUCAUCCGGAAUAACUGUGAUCUCAGAGGAUUAUGAGAGGAUGGCUGGUACAGAGCUAAAAUAAGCUUGUUUUUAAUCAACGUUUUGAACUUUUUUCACUGCCCAGGAUUGUAUCAUGUAUAAAAGGUCAAUAUGCCUGUGAACAUUCCCCUUUACCCUCCCCUACUGCAAAGUGUACAGCUCACAAAUGUAGCUCCUCUGUCUUGUAUGUGUAUUUGAUAUUAUUGUUAUUAUUUAAAGAAAAAUCCGGAGAGUUAUCGCAAAAUGGAGUGAUGGACUGAUGAUGCACCAUCACGACUGAACUGCGACUUUUUUAAAAGAAUAUUAUUAUGUUGUUUUUUUCUGUUGUUGUUGUUGUUAGAUUGAAGCCAUAAGUGGGAGUACAAGAACAUGCAUUUGUAAAUGGAAUCAUGUUUUCUGUUUUGUGGCAAAACGUGGGACUCCAUUUGUGAUGUGUUAAGUUUCUCUUUUUUAUUCUUUAUUAUUGUGUUUUUGUAAAUACAGAGAAGUAUUUCAUGGGUUUUGAAUAUGCUGGUAUAAAGCUUCUCUUCCCUUAA